AACUUUAAACACAACACCAGAAUUUGGCAGAAAUGUCGGCCCAGAGAAAGGAGGCUGCAGGUGGUUCUGCUGACCUUCCCAGUCUGGAAACACUUGACUCUCCUAUAGGGAGUCCUCCCACAGCCUCGUUAUCCAGCCUGAUGGAUCUGGAAAAUUGUGUUUCCAAUCUGAGUCUGGCACAUGAGAUCCUGGUGAACAGAGACUUCUGUUUCAAACCCCAAACCACUCCUAUUACCACCCUAGAGGGCAGAGUGAAAGAUAUUGUCCACCGGGCAUUUUGGGACAGUCUUCAGGAAGAGCUGAGCAGCGACCCUCCAAACUUCAGCCAUGCUCUUGUUCUGCUGCAGGAGGUCAAGACUACGCUGGAAUCGCUGCUGUUGCCUGGACAUGUCAGACUGAGGGCUCAGCUGGAUGAAGUUCUGGACUUGGAGCUGAUCCGCCAGCAGGUCGAUCAUGGAGCUCUUGACCUACACAGACUGGUCGGAUUUAUUAUAAACACCAUGACGUCUUUGUGUGCUCCGGUUCGAGACCCAGAGAUCAGAGCUGUGCGGGACCUCAAGGACCCUGUGGAGCUCCUUAGGGAAAUCUUCCGCGUUUUGGGUCUGAUGAAGACCGACAUGGUGAACUUCACCAUCCAGAGCCUGAGGCCUCAUCUCCUGCAGCAGGCCGUUCAGUACGAGAGGCUCAAAUUCCAGCAGAUCCUGGAUAAAGAGCCAGCUUAUCUAAACAACACAGCUGCUUGGCUUCAGGCAGCAGCAUCGGAGGAGAUGUCUGUGUUCAGAGCGUGGCCUGAUUCUCCCGGUCCUGACAGCCGAGGUCUCCUCCGUCCCACUGCCGUCCUGAACUGGGCCUUCAUGCGUCUGCUCUGCUGGGACCCGCAGGACCAGAAAUAUCCCGAGACUGUGCUGAUGGAUCAGGCCCGUCUGGACCAUCUGAGUCGGCGGCUCCAGAUGUUGAUUCUGGAAGCGUCCGUGCUCCUCCUGACCAGCGCUCAGUUUGGGGGUGUCGUUUUCUCCCUGUGCGGAUUUGUAGGUAAACUCCGGCAGUCCGUCGCUGCCCUGCUGGAGGGCAGUCACAGCAGGGAAGCUGACCUGAAGAGGGCCCUGUUGGAGCUUGGUGGGACGGUGCAGCAGCAGGUGACAGAAGCUCUGGGUGCCCAAGGAGGAGGACUGCCUCAGGAGAGCCAAAAUCUGCUGAGAGGACAAAUAUCUGACCUGUGGAGGAACAACAACCCUGUACGCGCACUUAUAGGAGAAAGAGUUCAGGGCUUCCUUUUGGCCACGCUGCAGGGCUGCUCAGCUAAAAGGAGUCCAGAGCUGCCUUUUCCCCUCGGGCUGCUUAGAGCUGAGUUAGCAGAGCUGGGGACGGCCUUCGGGCAAAUUGUCCGCUUCAACCAAACUGUCUUCGGUCCCUUCUAUGCACCCAUCCUCAGGAAGCUGCUGCUCCCGCCUGAACAGACUGAACCUGCAGAGGACUCGCGCCAAACUGAGGUUGACCUGAACACAGGCCAACGUUUGAUAUAAAA